AUCAUCAGGAGGAAAGACAAUUAUGGGUUCAAUUCACCCGCCCUCCCAUGUAUUCAAACUUUAUCAACAGCCGGUUUAUUUUGAGAGAUUAGAUAUAAAACCAUUUAUAGAUGUCACACGUUGUCAUCGGCUCAUAUUUUGACCCACAGCUGUAAAUAAGGUUAAAGCUAUUAAUAGACUAGAUAAUAUGCAAUAAAGUAUACAAACCACAUGAUUCAUCACAUGACGUUCAAAAUGGCGAUUCCAAGAGUGAUGUUUGUGUUUUUUACACUUGUUAGUGUAUGUUAUGGCUUUAGCGAUAAUCCAACAGCACCGCCAGUAUUUCAAGUAGAUUUAGAUCUACAACCAUCUGUACGAUGGGGUCAUAUAAUCCAGAAAUAUCAUCAAAUCGUCAAGGAUUCGCAUGCUGUUAUCAGAAGUAAAGUACCAGAAAAACUAAUUCCAAUUGCAGAAUUUAUAGCUGCUGAUUUUGACAAUUUACUGGAGCAACCAUACGCUGAUGAACUCAGAGGUAUUGCUUUAACGGCCAACAUGUCACUGGGCGAUAUUGUAUUAACCAAUCUCGUUUAUGAUAUAUCAGCUUUCUGUACCAGUAUAACAAUGCAGGAUGCCCAUGGCCAAAUUUGGCAUGCCCGAAACCUUGACUACAGCUUUACGGAUAUACUAAGAAAUUUGACAGUCAGAAUUGAUUUCAUGAAGAACAAACAGGUAUCAUAUUCAGUAGUAACAUAUGCUGGUUAUGUUGGAGUUUUAACUGGACAAAGACCACAUGCAUUUGCUAUAACUCUGGAUGAGAGGGAUCAGGGUGCUUGGUAUGAUAAUCUACUAGUAGCUUUAUUAGAACGUAAAGUAAAACCAGUCAGUUUUCUUAUCAGAGAUACACUGGCACAGGCUAAAGAUUUUACAGCAGCUCUUGAAAUGAUCAAUUCUACUGUAACAGCGGCAGAAGGAUAUUUUAUUGUUUCUGGUGCUAAUAAAGGCGAAGGGGCGGUUAUUACUAAAAAUCGAGUUGGUCAUAAUGAUAUCUGGAGAUUAGAUCCCACUAAUGGACGGUGGUUUGAGGUAGAAACGAACUAUGAUCAUUGGACUUCACCUCCUGCAAGUGAUAACCGACGAGCACCUGCAAUUAAGUCAAUGAACUCCAUGGGACAGAACAAUAUAACUGUUGAUAGUUUAUUUAAUGUUUUAUCCACACCUUUAGUAUUAAACAAAAAGACUACAUACUCGGUUGUUAUGUCACCAGCCCAACCAGAAUUGAUGAAAGUUUUGGUUCGUCAUCCAACAACCAAAAACUAAAAUCAACUAUAUCCAGUUAUCGAUUUUUUCUUAAUUACAAAAUGUUACGGGUUCAACAAAUUGUACAGAUUAUUAAAAUUAUAUUUAAAUAUU